AUGGAAUAUGGUACGCCGGAUCACACUGUUCAUGCAAUGGUGCAGCUGACGCAAGCUUUACAGGGAGGAAUGCUGAAUGUAGCAAAUAUCAUUAAGCAAGGUUUGAUGUUCCCUCAUAUUAAGAUGACAACAUUUAAAGGAGAAAUUCUCAAAUAUACAGAGUUUGUUCGAGAGUUCAAUACUUUUAUUGGUUCAAGUCAAUUGGAUGUUGCUCAGAAAUUGAAUUGUUUGAUUUCCAAUUGUGAAGGUUCUGCUAAAGAAGCAAUAUUGUCAUGUGGUUCUUUACCUGCAGAAAGAGGUUAUGAACUGGCACGAAGUAUUUUGCAUCGAAAUUAUGGUCAGAGGCAUCUCAUAAUUGAUGCACAUGUGCAAUUACUUACUGAAGGUCCCUCAAUAAAGGCAAAUGAUGUUAAUGCAUGGGAUGAAUUGGUCACCCAGGCACGGAAUUGCCUCAUUGUAUUCAAGGAAUAUGAUGCCAGAUGUAGUUUGGAUGAUUUAACUACAUUAAGAAAGAUUGUAAAGAGAUUUCCAAUACAACAUUUAUGGAAAUUUGCUCACAUUGCUAAUGAGAAGUACACCAAUGGAGAUAUUGUCAAUUUUGAUACUCUUCUUACAUUUAUGGAGACAGUUUCAAAUGUGAAUAGAUCUGGAUUUGGUAAGCUUGCACUUGAGACACAUAAAAGAAAGAAAUAUGUUGACAGUCCGAGUCAGCGGGGCAACCGCAGUGUGUCAUCAUUUCUUAUUUCUGAAGAGUCCUCUUCUAAAGCACCCACAGCUGAUCCUAAGUUGAGUAAUGCCACGAUGAGAAAACCACUACGAGAGUGCGUUGUGUGCAAAUCUGAUCAUCAGUUGUGGAGGUGUGAAGAAUUUAAGAAAAGGAAGGCCAAAGAGAUGUUCGAGAUUGUUUCCAAGAACAAGUUGUGUUUCAAUUGUUUGCUUCCAGAUCAUUUUGCAAGCCAGUGCAAGUCAAAUUAUCAUUGUAGAGCACCAGGUUGCAAUAGAAGACAUCACACACUGUUGCAUGUUAAUAAGAAGCCUGAUUCAGUGAAACCAAAUGGUAGUACAGAUGUGCAAUCACCUCAAGAUGUGAGGUCUAAUGAGGCCGGAGCUACGACCGCCAAUGAGGCCGGUGUAACUUCGACUCAGUUGUGUGCUACUGAAGUUAAACCUGCCACCUUUAGAAGAAGAAAGGUGGUUCCUGUGCGAGUAUGGGGAACCGAUAAUCAAUCAUAUGACACAUAUGGAUUCAUUGAUGAUGGCAGUAAUGUUAGCAUUAUCAAAACUGAGCUUAUGAAGAAACUUGGUUUACAAGGCAACAGUGAUCCACUCGUAAUUAAGACGUUGGGUGGAAAAAUAGAACAUAAAUCAAGUCCUGAAGUGUCACUGAAUAUUCAAGAACUCAAUGAAACUAGGAUUAUUCAGAUGCAUGGAGUUCGAGUGUUGGACGAUCUUCCCUCGGAUUUGGAAUGCAACAUACCGUCAAAUAGUGCGAUGGCGAAAUACGAACACUUGAAAGAUAUCAAUUUUCCAAAUGCAAAGAAUGCAAAAGUUGAAGUCCUGAUUGGUGUAGAUGUGCCUGAAGCUCAUGCGUGUCAUGGAAUGCGACGUGGGAGUAAUUCAGAGCCAUUUGAUGUGCAUACUGGUCUUGGAUGGGCAUUAUUCGGGCCAGAUGGUAAAUUUCAUCAACCAAGUGUAAAACAUCUAGAUUGGAUUCAUUUGGAUAAUGAAGAAUUGCAUGUUCAGAUGGAGCAAGCUUUUCGGAAUGAAUUAAAGGAUUCUAAUGUCAGUGGAUUUGACACUUUACCAUCUAUUGAAGACAAACAGGCUUUAAAGAUCAUGAAUGAUUCAAUUUGUAAAGUGAAUGGAAGAUAUCAAGUCAAGAUUCCAUGGAGGUCAUCUGAUAUCGAGUUGCCUGAUAAUAAGCAAGUUGCUGAAAGAAGAUUUGAGAAUUUACAGAGACGUUGUGUCAAAGAUUCUGGAUAUUAUGAAAAAUAUAAAGCCAAGAUGGAUGAAUACAUCUCUAAAUAA